AUGUCGUAUCCAGGAGAAGACACGGACAUUCCCAAAAGAAUAAUAGAAGCCCUAGAGGACCAACCUUUGAGUUAUCUGGUUCCUAAAGACGGGCUGGCCGCGUUAGUAAACGCUCCGAUGCGGACCUCUUUGCCCUUUGGCAAAACUGUCUUUGCCAGCGCUGAUGAUUGCAGAGAACUUGAUAUAAACCAUCUUGCCACACUCAAUGACCCAACUUUUUCCAUGAAAAACGACGUUGAGCAAAAUAAACUUAUUUUCAGAAGACCUGAUAAUCCGACUUUAUCGAUAAAGUCGAUGGAUCAUGUCCCAUCAGAUUUGUUCAAGGGACUAUCACCGUUGGCGCAGGGUGUUCUAUCAACACAUGGAGAACUAGUUGAUUCCGAUAAUAUCAAGAAAAAAAGUGAAAUAGUAAGCAAGGUGCAACAAAAGCAUAAGCUUGAAGAUUUAACUCCAAAUACUAGUAACUUGAGUUUCAAUGAUGACUCUCCGAAUAAGAAAACGAAAAUUUCAACAGGUGUUACAAUGACCAAGGCAAAUUUAGCAGAACAACAUUUAAGUGAUCUGAAAAACUUUUUGGAUGUUGUAGGGUUUGACCAAAGCACUGCCGAAAUUAGAAAUAUCGAGUAUUGGCUUCAAUUGCCAAAUGGAAAAUACAUUCUAACCACAGAUUGCUUGAUAAAAUUGCAGAUGACAAUCAAAAAUAUUGUCGCUAAUCCACAGCUAUGGGACUCAAUUAAGAUGACAUGGCUUUUGAGAAUGCUUGACGUAAUGGUCUCCAACAUAAAUUCAAGCAAAAGUUCCUUGAAGACGGGCUUAGACGAUUCUAUGCUGCGAUAUAUUGCUCUGCUAUCCAUAGUUAUUUUAUUCAACAUUUUUUUACUCGGUAAGAAGGAUAAUAAUUUACAUCGUGAAUCAUUUAUCAUGGAACCGCUAAACUUUUUAAGCGACUUAAUUGAGUCCCUGAAAAUAUUGCCAGAUGAAUAUGACUCUUUGAAAAUGGAAUUAAAUACCUUUCAGGAGGCCUUAAGUUUACUACCAAAAUACAUAUACAACGGGCCCUUUCUGGAUGAUAAUGUUACCACAAAGCUUGUAUACAUAUUCAGUGAUUUAUUAAUGAAUAAUGACAUCGAAACAACUACUAACAUUCAGUUCCAAAGCUUCUGGGAUAAUGUGAAAAGAGUUAGUUCUGAUGUCCUAGUUUCAUUAUUUACUAAAUUGGAUCAACAGAGGGAAUUUAUCAUAGAGGAACUGAUUUCUCAUGUCGAAAAACUGCCUACAAAGAGGAUACAGAAAAAGCUAAGAAAAAUAAAUAAUGAAAAUAUUUAUAUUACCGAUUUUACCUUUACUUUGAUGUCCAUGUUGGAAAAUCUCAAUUGUUACACAUUUUGCGGCCAUAUGAAGGAACUUGCCUCUGAAGAUAUCCAGGAAUUAAAGAACGAGUACAAAAAUCAAGACGAGUUUCUUUUUUGCGUUAUAGAGCAUAUAAAUCACACGAUACUGGAAAGAUUUUUCAAAAACCCGUCCUCUUUACGGUAUGUUAUUGAUAAUUUCGUUCAAGAUCUACUGUUGCUCAUUACUUCCCCUCAAUGGCCUGUAACAGAAAAAAUACUAGGCUCUUUACUAAAGAGGCUUUUUGGAGUAUUUAGCCCAUCUGUACAGCUUUCUGCAAACAUCGAAACAAUAUGUUUACAACACAUAGGGAAUAUUGGCUCCACAAUUUUUGAUAUCAAAUGUUCAACAAGAGAGCGUGAAGAUAACAACUUAAUUAAAAUGAUAAACUAUCCAGAAAAUUUACCACAUUUUUUUAGAUUAUUUGAAGAAUGCAUCGCAUAUAAUGAAACGAUUCAAUGUCGCGAUUCUGCGACAAGGUUUCUUUGGAAUUUGAGACUCGGCACGAUAUUUAGAUUAGAAGAAUAUACCAAAGAUAUCAAGGAGCAAAACUCAACUAUAAACGAUCAACUAAAAAAUAUACUGCUGCAAGUCCAAAAUGGUGGACUUCAACGUCCAUUAGAAACUAAAGAAACGGAUUUCAGCGUGAUUAAAUUGAACUAUUUUUCUAUCUUACAUGCUUUCGAACUUUUGAACAUGUAUGAUUCAUACUUGAAGUUAGUAUUAUCACUUUUAGCCAAGGAUAAAAUUAAGCUAAGAUCUACUGCUAUCAAGUGCCUAUCAAUGUUGGCUUCCAAGGACAAAAUUAUACUGUCAAACCCUAUGGUCAAAGCAACUAUUCAACAACGUUUAAAUGACUCAUCUGCAUCUGUCAAGGAUGCCAUUUUGGAUCUGGUUAGCAUCAACUCUUCAUACUUCGAAUUUUAUCAACAAAUCAACAACAAUUAUGACGACGAUAGCAUAAUGGUAAGGAGGCAUGUGUUGAAAAUCAAUGAAAAAAUGUAUGACGAAACCAAUGAUACUGCCACCAGGGUUUAUGUGAUAGCAAGGAUUCUUAUGAAAAUUGAAGACGAAGAAGAUAACAUAAUUGACAUGGCCAGACUAAUCUUAUUGAAUAGAUGGAUUUUAAAGGUAGAAGAACUGCUGGAUCAGCCUGAAAAAUUGAAAGAAAUUUCAACAUCAGUCUUAAUGGUAGUAUCUCGUGUGGCCAUAAUGAAUGAAAAAUGCUCACAACUCUUUGAUUGGUUUCUCAACUUUUAUCUUUUGAAUAGAGAAGCGCAUUCAAAGGACAUGUAUGAUAGAAUUACUCACGUUUUGCAGAUUCUUACCGACUUUUUAGUGCAGAAAAUCGUUGAAUUGAACUCCGAAGAUAUAAAUGAAAAGGAUUUGAUCAUCGAUAAACAAAAUUUUUUAAAUCUGCUGGCAAAAUUCGCUGAUUCUACCGUGUCAUUUUUAACAAAAGACCAUAUUACGGCCUUAUAUCCCUAUAUGUUAUCAGAUGAAAAAUCUGAUUUCCACUAUCACAUUUUGCAAGUGUUUAGAAGCACAUUUGAAAAAUUGGCCAACUUCAAACCCAGAUUUCUAUAUGAUUUAGAGACAACUCUUCUGAGUAGGCUCCCAAAGAUGAAUGUGCGAGAAAUAGAUGAAGCUAUGCCUCUUAUUUGGUCCGUUGCUACUCAUCGCCAUGAUGCCACCAGAGUGGCUAAAGCAUGUUCCUCCUGUCUAUGCCAUCUGCAUCCCUACAUAAAUAAGGCGAAUAAAGAUGAAACUGCCAUUGUCGUUGACGGUAAAUUGCAAAGGCUUAUAUAUUUAGCGACUGGAUUUGCCAGAUUCUGCUUCCCUAAAAUCCCAAACGAAAAAAUUGCAUUUCUACAAGAAAAUGAAACUUUAUAUGAACAUAUUACUAAGUGUUUACUCGUACUUUCGAAAGACAAAAUAACCCACAUCAUAAGGAGAGUCGCUCUGAAAAACUUGACCAAAUUAUGUGGGAAUCAUCCUAAGCUAUUUAAUUCAAAACAUGUUUUGCAUUUGCUGGAUAAAGAAUUUGAAGGCGACAAGUUAGAUAUCAAAUUAGUGAUUUUGGAAAGCUUAUAUGACCUUUUUCUAUUGGAAGAAAGGAAAUCUGUGAGAAAUACUGGCGUUAGUAGCACACUGUCUUCUAACUCUAUCUUAAAGAAAAAAUUAUUGAAAACUAAAAAGGCAGAGUUUGUGAAUGAUGGAGUAUGUUCAGCGUUAGCUACCAGGUUUUUGAAUAACAUUCUUCAGAUUUGUCUUCUUCGUGAUCUAAAGAACUCUCUCGUGGCCAUUCGAUUAUUAAAAUUGAUUUUGCAAUUCGGUUACACAAAUCCCUCUCAUUCCAUUCCAACUGUAAUUGCUCUAAUUGCCUCUGAUAGUCGAUAUAUUCGACGUGUCGCCCACGAGAUUUUAGAAGAUCUUUUUGAAAAAUACGAGACACUAGUGUUUAGUGGUUUAUCACGAGGUAUUACAAAAGCAAUAAAUUACUCUAUCCAUACAGGUGAUGAGUCUUAUUACAAACAUAACUAUUUUUUUGCUUCACUUGAAAAACUAUGUGGAACUGGGAAAAAGAACACGCCAAAGUUUUACAAAAUCAUGAAGAGGAUUAUACAGUCUUAUCUUGAUGAUAUCACCGAUAUAACAUCGAUAACUACUAGCGUUCAGAAGUCUAUUUUUAUCCUUUGUGCCAACAUUUCGAAUUUCACGUUCAUUUCUCAAUACGAUUUGGUAUCUUUGCUCAAAACCAUUGACUUAACAACAGACAGAUUAAAGGAAAUUAUUAUGGAUGAACUUGAUGGUGACAAUUCAUCAUCAACCGAAUGCGAGGAAAUGUUACACGGAAUAGUUCUGAUACAGCUAUGUUUGCAGGACUUGAGCAGUUAUCUACUACAGGUGUACGGGCUAAGGAACGACGUGCUUCUACUGGAUAUGGUAGAGGAAUCGGAAUUGAAAAAUAAACAACUUCCGGCCAGGAAGCAAGACAUCAAUGAAUUUUCUGUGCAGCUGGAGAAUAUCGAACAGCAUUCCUCUAAUGGUAAACUUAUUGCAUACUUCCGAAAACACGUAAAAGACACGUAA